UGCUGAUGUUCACUUUCAUACUGGAUCUGAUCUGGAGAUGGGAUCGGCUGACGGCGGGGGGAGAGCAAACUCCACCCAGCAGAUAGGAUCUCGGGCAGGCGGAGCGGAGGGCAGCGCGUGUGUGCCGUGAGGGCUCCUCUUGAAUGGCUGCUUGGACGGAUGGGACGGAUCGACAAGUCCCACAGAAAACUUCAGCGGGGCAAAGUCCAGCCUGAGUGAGAGCCAGGCACAGUCUGUGGAAGUCCAUGUGCGGGAGCGUGCUGAGAACUAAAUCACAUGGCAUUUUAAAGACAUGCUCCAAAGAUGGCGGUGGUACUAACAACGGGAGUUUCAGGUGCCUCUGGAGUGCCAAAAAGUGGCUUUGUGGAGGUUUUGGUGCGGGAGCGGUGGCACAAAGUUUUGGUCAACUUAAACGAGGAAGCCCUCACGUUAAGCUGCGAGGAGAGCAGCGGCACAGACAGCGUGAGCGACAAUGUCAACUCCAACGGCGUUACCAACGGAUCUUACCUUGAUAACAACAACACCAACUCCAACAACGGUCCUCAAACAGUGCGCACCGCGUUCACGGACCUCCCGGAGCGAGUGCCCGAGGCGAUCGCCAACAGAAAGCGGUGCGUCAAGGUGACCAAGCAGGAGAUAGGAGGGCUCGGGAUCAGCAUCAAAGGAGGGAAGGAGAACAAAAUGCCCAUACUUAUCAGCAAGAUUUUUAAGGGGCUCGCUGCGGAUCAGACCCAGGCUUUGUAUGUGGGGGACGCCAUCCUGUCCGUGAACGGCAUGAACCUGCGGGACGCAACCCACGACGAGGCGGUGCAGGCGCUGAAACGGGCCGGGAAGGAGGUGACACUGGAAGUGAAGUACAUGCGAGAGGCCACGCCGUACGUCAAAAAAGGCUCCCCUGUGUCCGAGAUCGGCUGGGAAACCCCUCCUCCAGAGUCCCCACGCCUCGGCAGCCCCCCCAUCACAUCUACAUCCUCCUCGUCUUCAUCUGACCUCCCAGGCUCUCCCACCCAGUCCUCUCUGUCUCUGCAGGGUGACAGGAGGUGCAUACCGCUUAAGAUGUGUUAUGUAACCCGAGCCAUGACCACACCAGACCCAGAGAACAGACAACUGGAGCUGCACUCCCCCGACGCCAGGCACACCGUGGUGCUGCGCUGCCCAGACCAACCAUCUGCCCUGUCCUGGUUCUCUGCCAUGCAUGCUGUCACAUCCACGCUGGCACAGCGGGCGCUGGCAGAGGUCAUCCAGAACACCGCCAAGAUGGAGGUGGCUGGCAGCAAAGAGAUACGACACCUGGGGUGGCUGGCAGGGAAGACAGAGAGUGAGAAGCAGAGCUGGAAGCCCGUGCUGGUGGUGGUGACGGAGAAAGACCUGCUGCUGUACGAUAGUUUGCCACGAGGCAAAGAGGCCUGGCAGAGCCCUGCACACACAUAUCCACUUUUAGCAACACGUCUGGUUCAGUCUGGUCCUGAUCGGGGGUCUCCUCACUCUGGGACAGAGCUUUUCUUCGCCACUAGAACCGGCACACGACUCGGCAUCGAGACCCACCUCUUCCGGGCCGAGACCACCAAGGACCUGUCUCUGUGGACAAGACAGAUAGUCAACGGAUGUCACGCCUCUGCUGAGAUGAUCAAAGAAGUUAGUACGAGUUGUUUAUACCGGGGUCAGGAGUGCCGACUGGUGAUUCACUAUGAGAAAGGCUUCUCUGUGCAGGCUGACCCCACACUGGGAGACGGGGAGAACGGGGAGGACAGAGGAGCUCGUACACCGAGCAGGCACCGGGUGCUUCUCUCAUACCCCUUUGAAAAACUAAAAAUGUCAUCAGACGACGGAGUUCGAAUGCUCUUCCUAGACUUUGGAGGAAAGGAGGGGGAAAUUCAACUCGACCUUCACUCGUGUCCAAAGCCAAUCGUUUUCAUCCUCCACUCCUUCCUCUCUGCUAAGAUUGCCCGUCUGGGUCUGGUGGCCUGAAUUUGAGGGGACAUUUCACCUACUUUGAAAACAGGACCUUGUUUAGCCACCUCUCUGCAGUCUGCAUGCAGUACUCCUCAUUGAACUCCUUCAGUUGGGGACCCAAGCUGAGUGAAUGUAGCCUCUAUCUGGAAGUUGACCGCUUUUAGGUCUUCAACUCCGAGUUAAAGAGACACUGGAGAAACCAAUGGAUUGUUCGCUUUGUAUGACGAGGACAGAUUUCUUUGAGGUAAAGCUCCCUUGUAGAGCUGAAUGGACUGAAGACUUGACUGAAGAACCACAGAAGAAAAACAUUGACUGAACUAUCAGGAGAAAGAUGGUGACCGUAAGCAGAAAGGAGCAGACUGGGCAUUACUGUCACAUCCAGGAUUAGACGGAUUGGACCUGUGCAGCACAGCUGAGAUGAACCCACUUUUAAUUCAGUCAAAGUGUAAUGGCAAACUACUUUCCAUUUACUGAUAAUAUAAUUUAUUUACCUUCAGUAAUAUUUCUUCACCAAAGAUUUGACUUGUUGGGGAAACUUCAUGCAUUUAUCUUUGUUAACGUCUCCUGAAAUGUCCCGUUAGCUGUGUCAGCAUUUGUUAUCCAAUCUGCAGGGUACAUUCACCUGAAGUCCCCACAUUGUGACAGUCGACACAAAUCAAAAAUGCCACAGUGUUCUAUUAAGAGGAUGCAGACAGUGACCAUGAGUGACUGAAAGUAAGAGUUAGAGUCUUAAUAAGGAACUCAAUUAGCAUGAAAUGCAAACGUAGGAUUUUAAACUCCAUGUACAUCAAAAUAUAAAAAUAAGUUGUAGCUAGGAAACUUGAAGCCCCGAGUGGACCCAUACAUUACAUUUCACUCUGUUUACCUGCAAUAAUGGGUACAUUUUGAUUGAAUUCUCAAUAUCUUGGGUUAUCUUCUUAUCUCAGGGUAACAAGUCAAACUAUUGAGAUUUCAAGAAAUGACAGUUAAACUUCAGCUGGCCACACUUUACAACUUAAAAAUCUUCAGCCGUUUAUGAAACAAGACCGAAAAGGGGACAGUUUGAAUCAGUUUUGCCAAUUUUUCAAUCAUCUAAACACAAACACUAGACGACUCUGCCAGACUGUGAGACCACACACCUACUGCUUAUAAAGGUAACAAAAUCUCACAGGUAUUGUAUUUAUUGUGAUAUCAAUAAAAAUCCCCAAACCCUAAACCUAGAUAAAGACUUGGGAGAGAAAGGGACGUAGGCAUUGAUUGAACAACAGUUGCACUUUGAAUAUUACAAUAUUUGAAAAAAAAGUGCUGUAGGUGUGCAUUAAGGCUUAAAAACUUAUACUUUAGUCAGGACCACUUUGUCAGGAAACAUGAUUUGGGGAUAUACAUUUUUCUCUUUAUUAGCAUUUAUUGAUUUGCUCUUAUGGCUGCUACUAAUAUUUGGCUGUGUGGCUGUUCUGGGAUUCUGCUGCCCUCCCACAAGCCUAUGUGGAAAGCAUCUAGCAGGAACAUUACAUGUUCCUGCUCUUCCUGUGCCCACAAGGAAAGCCAGAGGCAGAAAGAGAAGUGGCAAUAAACCCAGAGCAGAGCAGACAUCAGUGACAACAGAAUGACAUUAAGUCAGAUAUAACAUGAAGGAGAAGCUGGGGUAGAGGAGGGUAGCAAAAAGCACCUUUAAGAGGGAGCAGCCAGGCUAGAGCAGUGUAAAUCUGGCAGCCUGAGUGCAUCAACCAAUAGCAUGCUUAGAGUGAAUCAGCUGGCUCUCAGCUGAUGAGGAUUUCAUGAGAUUAGCUGAUCUUGAUUAUACGGCAGCGCUUGCCUCAGUUUCCUGCCUGAGCUAACGCUGGAUUUGUACUUUGUCUCCAGCGUGUUUACUAACCAUCUAAAAUCUUUGUUUUCCGCCACCUAAAAAAGCUGUAGGUCUUUGGCAAUAUAUUCAUAGAUACACCUUGUGAUCUGUUGAGCCUCGCACUUUUGUGGGGAAGGGGGACUGUGAACACUUCUUUAAGAGUCUUUUGGUCUGACUGGAUUCAGCUCACAUCUUUCACAGAUCUUUUUGAAAUGAUGAUUUGUCAAGUGGCUCCUUCUGUUACUCCUAUUACCUACCAAGUGUAUCACCACAGUCUGGCAGUGCCUGCAUAUUGUUUUUAGUUUGUCCAUCAACCUUGUCUCCUUUCUCAUUUCUUGACACCAGGAAACCAAAAUGCUUCAACACGUCAGAGUUAAGUUAUUGGAGCUUCUACAAUCUCGAAAACUUCGUCUCUAUUCUUUUUUGGUUUAGGCAGGCUGGAUGCAUUGAUGGCGUACUGCUGCCACACUUUGUCACUCAGUUCUCCCUCACUACUAGUAGCAUCCAUCUUUUUUGUGCUGUAAGAUCAAGCCAGCGAGUGAAGCACAAAGGAUGAUGAAUAUGCAAGAGUCGAUGGUAACUGUUGUUCCUGCUUCCCUUUGCUCUGCUACACAAAAAACAACGACAACAACAAAAAAAAAAAAAAAAAAAAAAAACAGGUUUUGCCCUUAAGACCUAUCUUUUAUCUAUCUCUGUAGUGUGUUGCCAGCUUUGGUUAUAUAUAAAAGUUUAUUAGAUAAGUAGAAGGAUAAAUAAUGAACUGAUUCCUAAAAUUAUCAAACCUAAUAAUGAAGGCAAUAUCCCAAACAUGUUGAUUAUAACAAUCUGACAAUGCAUUUAAAAGAAAUAGUAAGAUCCUUUCACAACCUUUCACUUUUGCUGAGCUUUCAGUGAACAUCUAUUACAUAUAAAACAGCAGUCAGUAGCAGGUUAGCUUAGCUUGGCACCAUGACAAAUGGAAAAAGACAGGCAGAGCAUUUAGUUUGUAAGACGACUAAUAAACACACUAACAAACCAGAACGCCAUUUAAAACCACAAACUGACAUUUCUACACUUUGGUUGUUGUAUGGUUAAUUGAAUGAGACUUAAUGUAGUAAUUAGUGAGUAUUUGAUGUGCUUGGAGGUGGAUUUAUUGACCUUUGGAUCCAGAUUUUUCCCUGUCUCCAGUAUGCUCACUCUGUUUGGCUACUUCUGUUAUUAGCAGGACAGGGAAAAGGUGUCUUUUCCCUUUUUACCACACUCAGUCAUUUCUCAUUUAAAUCAGCUCAGGAGGAAAACUUAGGAUUUUGAGGAUGAGUAAAUGAUUGAAAUCCUUUUUCUCUAUAUAUAACUUAUUGUGUUGCCUGGUCAGCUAAAAAACAAAGUCAUUUUAUACCCCAGCAAGCAAACAACUGCCCUUUUGUAUUUAUAAUAUGUAUAUAGUUAACUAAAACCCAAACAAUGCAACAGUCACAAAGUAUUAUUUAUCUUUAUUAAGCCAGGAGCCAGGUGGCUAUGGAAACCCUAAAGGGACAUGCAUUCCAAUAUUUUAUUUACUCAGUUUUCCUGUGAUAAUGAGGACUCUCCUGUUGUUUUCUGUACUAGAGUAGAUAAAAUGUGUGGAUGCAUGUCUGCUUACAUCAUGUCCUAACUUUGUGUGAGCGUCAGACAUCUCAUUGCAUUGCUGUCUAUACUGCAUCCAGUGAAAAUUUAAUUCCCUUAAUUUCAGAUUCUUCUUAUGGAAAAAUAUUUUAUUUUGAAUGCGGAGAAAUGGAAAUGUGGUGCUUUGUAUUGACAAGAUUUCGAGCCCAACAGUUUUGCCUCCAUCUUGGUGCAACUCAGCGCAAAAUAUGCAUUCACUUUUUACUUACCAGCCACUGUGGCAAGUAGUUUUCCAAAGUUACUAGCCACCCGGAACAAUAAAUUUAGCCCCCCAAAGUGGCUAGUGGGAGUCUCGGCACUACCUGCCAUGACUUAAAUCAACCCACAUUUGACUAGUUGGCAGGUGUUAUCUGUUCCUAUUUAUUACUUGUUCCUUUUUCAUGUCAACAUAAGAGACAGAGAGGAAAAUAGAAAAAGCACGAUCAUGCUGUCUCACUCUUGGGAUACUACAAACAGUAAUCAAGCUGAUUUUGUAGCUGACACUCGUUCAUGUCAUGUGCAGGUAGGACAUACUGAUAGGGCUACCGUAGGCACCCAUAAACCUGUAGUAACCAUAGCAGGACAUUAUGGUUUGGACAUUAUGCAGGAAAUCUUGUCUUUCUCCAACACAGCUGGCUGCCUGGUCCUUUCCUCGUGCCUUCAGAUGACUGAGAAGAAACAAUGAACUUUGAAAUAAACAAAUCAUAGAGAUGACUGAUGGAGCGUGGACCAACUAUGUGCUUUUGAUGAUGCCUGUAUUUCUUUUUGAUUUGAAGCACAGAAAUACUCCACCAGCAGUGAUUUCUUUCUUCAUUGUAUGACACAUGCACACAUUUCCAAUGAUCAUCUACAGUCACACUGUGAAAAAUGAUUUACACAUUAUAUUCCUUCCACACUGUAGAGGAACUAUCAGCUGUUUUUGUUGAUACUAGAAGAUAGUGGAGGCAUUGUAACACUUAUGUUCAGCCAAGAAUCCAGCACUUACUGAUAACCUCAGAGAGAGACGUUCUUUGAGCAAAGGCUGCUUUGAUAUGUAGAAUACUCUGAUGCCUUCGGCAGCUACUGUACUGUCACUCAGAAUGAUAAAGUUUAGUUUUUAACUCAAACGGUGCACAUAAAUCAUGUAUUUAACAAAAAUGA